CACACAUCUCCUGUGAGGCGACAGCACCAUGAAGACAUCGACGCUCGCCUUCCUGUUCGCUCUGCUUGCCGUUGCCGGCAUGGCCUCUUCUUCCGCAGCACCAGUGGAGGAGGAGCACCACGGCGACCGCCACGUGCGCUUCACGUGUGACGCGCUGAGCGCCUUUGGGGUGGCGGACUCGGCGUGCGCCGUCCACUGCAUCGCGAUGAACAAAGGCUACAAGGGCGGACACUGCAAAGAGGGCGUCUGCCACUGCCGCAAGUAG